GCAGGUAUAUAUCCUGAGCCAGGGAUGACCUGACCCUUGGAGACGGUCCAUAGUAAAGGCAUCCAUUGGUUCACCCAAACCCUACUUAUGUCUAGCCUCUUGGAUUCAAAUCAUAUGGGCAAACCUUCCCAGCGGCAUGCAUGGAAUAACUUAUGAAUUGACGCAGCGAAACCCAUCCAAUCUCGAGGGGUAUUGAUCAGCUUCUUCCCAUUCAUUUGUAGUCAUGGUAUACGGGGGAAGACCAAGCACCGGCUGCCACUUAUGUCGAAGGCGGAAAAUCAAGUGUGAUGAGGCCAGGCCAACGUGCCGCAACUGCGCCGUGCAUGGAGCCCAGUGUCCUGGUUACCGGGAAGCGUUUGUUAUCCGUAAUGAAACCAAUAAAGCCAGACAGUCGGUGAUUAAACGAAGAAAUCCGACACGCCCGACUCAAAGGUCUCGAGGCGAAGAUGUGCCUACAAUCGGGACCGUCCCCACGCAUCUGGCAGAUUCGACAUGGGAAGAGCGGGCACUUUGUCAUUUCUUUGAUCAAUACACCGUCAUAUCCGAUCCUGGACAGCACUUCCAUCAUCUCGGGUUCCUUCCAGGACUUUAUGCCCUAUCUAAACAGAAUGCGGACAUCGAUCGCGCUUGUUCAUCUCUCCGUUGGGCUGUGGAGGCUACGGCACUCAGCUCUUUGGCAAACAGAAUGAAAAUACCGCCCCUUGUGGUUAAAGCGAGACAAGUCCAUGGCAGUGCAUUGCGGUCUGUCAAUGCGGCUCUUCGUUCGCCGAGCACUGCUGUGAGGGAUGAGACUCUUGCUGCGGUGGUGCUACUUUCUCUUUUCGAAGACAUCAAUGGCGAGCGAUCACAUCUGGCCAGUUCACAUGGUGUUGGACUCCAUCUACUCAUGAAGCUCCGUGGCGAAGGCCAGCUGAGAGCUGGGCGCGGUCGUUCUCUGUUGAGCUAUGCAUUCAGGCAAGUACAAACUGACAUGCUGAACAUGAGCGGGCUACCAGGGUUCGACCUAACCUGGCUGCUAGAGGUCCUCGAUCGUUCGGAUGGGUUGCAGGGUCUCAUGCGUAUGACCACGAGAGUCAGUUUAUUCGCUCAGGAUAUCCGCCGGGCAUUGACGACGAAAGAGGGGAUUUCAGAUAUUCUCACCGAAACAAACUUACGAUCGUGGACCGAGACCGGUGUUCAGCUCGAUCUGGAGCUGAGCCGGUGGCACGAGGCUGCUCCAGAAACGUGGCUACCGCGUCUCGUUCAAUCAAAGUCGGGGGGAUUUCUUCUUACGUAUCAGGACAUAUCCAUCGCGAGCUUUUGGAACCUUUAUCGUUGUAUACGCAUCAUCCUCCAAGGCACCCUCCUUGACAUUACGACCAGUAAAGUGUCACGAAGGGUCUGUGACCAACGUAUCCUCACCGAUCUUGAAAGCCUCAUUGAGAUUCCUCCAGUGCGCAUCAUUGAGCAGAUGAUCUCUGAUACAUGCAGGAGCAUACUGUUUUGUCUGGGGGACGUCGAUAGCCUUGGCAACCCCGUCACGAUAUCGACCCAGGAGCCCGAGUCUCGCCAUCCCCGGCUCCGCGCUGCAGAGGCGUAUGAACUGCUGUGGCCAUUAUGGUUCAUCAUUUGCUGCGUCGAGGCGACUCCAGAGCAAAUCAAUCAGGCCAGGACAGCUUUGAGCCGGCUGGGGUCUAUGUUCGGCAUCAAGCUGGCAUCUGCAAUGGCCGCUGCGGGAGCCCAAGCUUAUCAGGUUCCUUUCUUGCGAUAAAACUAAUAUUCUGUUUUUUGUUCUUGUUUUUGUGUUUUUGUUUGGGGACCUAUUUUUUCGGGAAGACUUUCAAGAUAUGAUCCCUGUGCAUCCAUCGUAGCGCAGAUUCAGUGAAGGAAGUCAUGUAACAAUAAACAUGUAUGUACACUAUGGAAACAUCUAUAAAUCAAAAGCGCAGCUAGACGAGAUCCUGACCAAC